CUCUACAGAAAAAAGAAAAAAUUUCAAUCAUACUUAUUUAAUUUAAAGUAGACACUUGGAAACAAAGGAAAAGAGACCCUCUUGCUUCUUGCUAUACUUCUAUUUUAUAAGGUCAAUCAUUUCCUCAUUACCUGUAACUUCUUUUGGGGGGAAAUAAUAAAGAUAAAAGAGAAGAAAGUGAAACAUAGGAUGAAACUAAAAGCUAUGAGAUUAUAACUUUUAGAAGUUAGAAGAAAAGGAAAUAGAAUGCAAUAACAAUACACGUGAAGCUGAUAUUUCAAGCAUCUUUAUACUGCGUCUUCUGCUAUCACCAAAAAUAGCUUUCAUUCGUAUGAUUUUUCUAUGUAUCAUUUUAUUUGGUCCUCAUUUCUACUAAAGUAAGCAGAGAAGAUGUUAUUAUGACCAUUUUAUGAAAAUAGAAACUAAAAAACAUGACGGGAUUGAGCAAGAUUAUCUCUGCCCUUUGAGAAGUAAAAGGUACUUGAUUUGGAUGGAUGAAGCUCAAAUUAAAAGAAAUAACAGACUAAAGAUAUAGUAAAUAUAUUUAAUGUUUUUUAAAAGUUCUUUUAAAAUGGGAAGAAAGUAUCACUAUCAGUACACUGCCGAUUUUUCUCCUAACUGGCUCCUUAUUUGGAGAGGAUUUAGUCACCACUGCUGCAGUUCUGCAGCGGAGGCGCCGGGUGCCGGUCUUGGCUAGUGCUGUGCAAAGUAUUGGCUCCUCCCGCCGCAGCCAACUUGGAAGAAAAGUGUACUCUCUAUCCGGCUUCCUGCAGCGGAGACACCCAUCAGAGAAUCCAAGCACCAAGACAAAACAAAUAGUUGGUUCUGCUCAGAGAGGUCUUGGGAUUAUUUAAAGAUCUCCUCUCCUCGGAUUUAGAAAGGCAAAGGCGCAGAGAGGGGGAUGGGAAAUAGCUCCGGAUGGAGCGGCCCAGCAGAGCGGAGGCGAAUGCUGUUUCUCUUCCUGCUCUCUUUGUUAGGCCAGGGGCUCUCCCAACCGAUCCGCUACGCUAUUCCCGAGGAGCUGGACAAUAGCGGAGGAGGCUCCCUGGUAGGGAACCUCGCCAAGGACCUGGGUUUUGGCGUAGGGGAUUUACCCACUCGGAACCUGCGGGUUAUUGCAGAGAAGAAAUUCUUUACCGUGCGCCCCGAAAAUGGGGACUUAUUUGUGAGCGACCGUAUAGACCGAGAGGAGAUUUGUGGCAAGAAGUCAACGUGUGUUCUGGAAUUUGAAAUGGUUGCUGAAAAGCCUUUAAACUUUUCUCAUGUAACCGUGCUGAUCCAGGAUAUUAACGACAACCCACCGACCGUUAGCGAAAAUAUCACUGAGCUGGAAAUCAGCGAACUGGCGAUCACUGGAGCCACCUUUGCCUUGGAAUCUGCUCAGGAUCCUGAUGUAGGUGUCAUUUCGCUGCAGCAGUACUACCUCAGCCCUGAUCCGCACUUCUUUUUAAUUCAGAAGGAGAACCUGGAUGGCAGUAGGUACCCAGAACUAGUACUGAAAGCACCCCUGGACAGGGAAGAGCAGCCGCAUCACCACCUGGUCCUCACAGCUGUGGAUGGGGGCGAGCCCUCCAGAAGCUGUACCACCCAGAUCAGGGUAAUUGUCGCAGAUGCAAAUGAUAACCCCCCAGUAUUUACUCAGGACAUGUACAGGGUCGAUGUUGCAGAGAACCUGCCCGCUGGCUCCUUGGUAUUAAAAGUGAUGGCCACUGACUUGGAUGAGGGUGUUAAUGCCGAGAUCAUCUAUGCCUUCAUCAGUAUUGGUAAGGCAGUGAGACAAUUGUUCAAGCUGGACAGUAAAACGGGGGAACUCACCACUGUUGGAGAACUGGACUUUCAAGAGAGUGAUAGCUACACAAUUGGGGUGGAAACAAAGGAUGGUGGACAUCACACUACAUAUUGUAAAGUACAGAUAGAUAUUUCAGAUGAAAAUGACAAUGCCCUGGAGAUAACCCUGGCUUCUGAAUCCCAACAUAUACAAGAAGAUGCUGAGCUGGGGACUGCUAUUGCCCUGAUCAAAACACAUGAUCUAGAUUCUGGAUUUAAUGGAGAAAUCCUAUGCCAACUAAAAGGAAAGUUUCCCUUUAAAAUCGUUCAAGAUACCAAAAACAUAUACAGGUUGGUGACAGAUGGAGCCCUGGACCGGGAGCAGAUCCCAGAAUACAAUGUGACGAUCACAGCUACCGACAAAGGCAAUCCACCGCUCUCCUCCAGCAAGACCAUCACUCUGCACAUCCUUGAUGUCAACGACAACGUUCCAGUUUUCCACCAGGCCUCCUACACGGUGCAUGUAGCUGAGAACAACCCGCCUGGAGCCUCCAUUGCGCAUGUUAGCGCCUCGGAUCCCGACUUGGGACCUAACGGCCUUGUCUACUACUACAUCGUGGCCAGUGACCUGGAGCCGCGGGAGCUGUCGUCCUACGUGUCCGUGAGCGCGCAGAGCGGGGUGGUGUUCGCGCAGCGAGCCUUCGACCACGAGCAGCUGCGCGCCUUUGAGCUCACGCUGCAGGCCCGCGACCAGGGCUUGCCGGCGCUCAGCGCCAACGUGAGCCUGCGGGUGUUGGUGGGCGACCGCAACGACAAUGCACCGCGGGUGCUGUACCCAGCUCUGGGGCCCGACGGCUCUGCGCUCUUCGAUAUGGUGCCGCGCGCUGCAGAGCCUGGCUACCUGGUGACCAAGGUGGUGGCGGUGGACGCAGACUCGGGACCCAACGCCUGGCUGUCCUACCACAUUCAGCAGCCUAGCGAGCCCGGGCUGCUCAGCCUGGGGCUGCGCACCGGUGAGGUGCGCACGGCGCGUACCUUGGGCGACAGGGAGGCCGCCCGCCAGCGCCUGCUGGUCACUGUUUGUGAUGGAGGACAGCCGCCUCUUUCAGCCACCGUCACGCUGCACCUAAUCUUCGCAGAUAGCUUGCCAGAGAUACAACCUGACCUUAGCGACCGUCCCACUCCCUCUGACCUUCAGGCAGUACUGUUUCACCUAAUAGUGGCGUUGGCCUUGAUCUCAGUGCUCUUCCUCCUCGCGGUGAUUCUGGCCAUUGCCCUGCGCCUGCGACGCUCUUCCAGCGAGGGCUACUUUCAGCCUGGUCUCUACUCCAAGACUGAGUUCCCAACUACAUGGGACUUGCUUUUCCUACGUCUGUUCUGUCCAUUCCUCAACAGUUUAUUUUCUAUAGCUGAAAUGGGGCCGUGUCAGCCUGUAAUCCACCUUGGGAGGCGAGACGGCGAUACGAGGUCAGAGUCGGACCAUCCUGGUACACAGUCCGUCCUACUAAAAUCAAACUUAGCCGGCGAGUCGCUGUACCACAUUCCUCAACCUGUUUUUCCUCUUCUUAAUCCCAGAGAAGUCUCUAAUAAGCCAGUAAUGGCGCCUCUGCAGAGGCGUCCGCUGCGCAGCGAGCAGGUCCUGCUCCUCACGCUCCUGGGGACGCUGUGGGGGGCCGCGGCAGCGCAGAUCCGCUACUCUAUUCCCGAGGAGCUGGAGAAAGGCUCCUUCGUAGGCAACAUCGCCAAAGACCUGGAACUGGAGCCCCGGGAGCUGGCGGAGCAUGGAGUCCGCAUCGUCUUCAGAGGUAGGACGCAGCUUUUCUCUCUGAACCCGCGAAGCGGCAGCUUGGUCACCGCGGGUAGGAUAGACCGGGAGGAGCUCUGUGCUCAGAGCCCGCGGUGUCUGGUGAGUUUUAACAUCCUUGUCGAGGAUAAACUGAAUCUUUAUCCCGUGGAAGUGGAAAUAGUGGACAUUAAUGACAAUACACCCCAAUUCUUAAAAGAAGAAUUGGAAGUGAAAAUUCUCGAAAAUGCAGCUCCAUCCUCUCGUUUUCCACUAACGGAGGUCUAUGACCCUGAUGUGGGAAUAAACUCCCUUCAGGGCUUUAAGCUCAGUGGUAAUAGUCACUUCUCAGUGGAUGUGCAAAGCGAAGGCCAUGGGCCCAAGUACCCGGAGCUGGUGCUGGAGGGCACCCUGGACCGGGAAGGAGAAGCCGUUUACCACCUGGUCCUUACUGCCUUGGAUGGCGGUGACCCUGUCCGCUCAAGCGUUGCCCGAAUUCUGGUAACAGUUGUAGAUGUGAAUGACAACGCUCCAGUGUUUACUCAGCCUGUCUACCGUGUAAGUGUUCCUGAAAACCUGCCAGUAGGCACACCAGUGUUGGCAGUAAAUGCCACCGACCAGGAUGAAGGAGUCCACGGGGAAGUAACUUAUUACUUUGUGAAGAUUACAGAAAAGAUCUCACAAAUUUUCUGUUUGAAUGUUUUGACUGGAGAAAUUUCAACUUCUGCAAAUCUAGACUAUGAGGAAUCGAGAUUUUAUGAGCUGGGUGUUGAAGCCCGGGAUCAGCCAGGUCUUCGAGACAGAGCUAAAGUCUUAAUAACUAUCUUGGAUGUCAAUGAUAAUGUACCAGAAGUGGUUGUUACAUCUGGAAGCAGAACAAUUGCUGAAAGUGCACCUCCAGGAACAGUCAUCGCUCUUUUUCAAGUGUUCGAUCGAGACUCUGGCCUGAAUGGCCUGGUAACCUGUUCCAUCCCGAGAAGUCUCCCAUUUGAAUUGGAAAAGUCAGUUAGCAAUUAUUAUCGAUUAGUGACAAAUGCAGCUCUAGACCGGGAAGAGGUAUCCUUAUACAACAUUACUGUGACAGCCACGGACAAAGGAACACCACCUCUGUCAACAGAAACAAUCAUCUCCCUAAAUGUGGCAGACACCAACGACAACCCGCCCACCUUCCCCCACUCAUCCUACUCAGUCUAUGUCCUUGAAAACAACCCCAGGGGCGCCUCCAUCUUCUCUGUGAAUGCACUGGACCCUGAUAUGGACCAGAACGCCCGAGUCUCCUACUCACUGGCAGAAGACACCCUCCAGGGGGCGCCCCUGUCCUCCUACGUGUCCAUCAACUCCGACACUGGGAUUCUGUACACCCUGCGCUCCUUCGACUAUGAGCAGUUGAGAGACCUACAGCUGUGGGUGACAGCCAGCGACAGCGGGGACCCGCCUCUUAGCAGCAACGUGUCACUGAGCCUGUUUGUGCUGGACCAGAAUGACAAUGCGCCCGAGAUCCUGUAUCCCGCCAUCCCCACAGACGGUUCCACCGGCGUGGAGCUGGCGCCCCGCUCCGCAGAGCCUGGCUACCUGGUGACCAAGGUGGUGGCGGUGGACAGAGACUCGGGCCAGAACGCCUGGCUGUCCUACCGCCUGCUCAAGGCCAGCGAACCGGGACUCUUCGCUGUGGGGCUGCACACGGGCGAGGUGCGCACGGCUCGGGCCCUGCUGGACAGAGACGCGCUCAAGCAGAGCCUCGUGGUGGCCGUCCAGGACCACGGCCAGCCCCCUCUCUCCGCCACUGUCACGCUCACCGUGGCUGUGGCCGACAGCAUCCCGGAAAUCCUGGCCGACCUGGGCAGCCUGGAGCCCUCCGACGGUUCUCACAACUCUGACCUCACGCUGUACCUGGUGGUGGCGGUGGCCGUGGUCUCCUGCGUCUUCUUGGCCUUCGUCAUCGUGCUGCUGGCGCUCAGGCUUCGGCGCUGGCACAAGUCACGCCGGCUGCAGGCUUUGGGAGGUAGCUUGGCGAGCAUGCCCGGCUCACACUUUGUGGGCGUGGACGGGGUGCGGGCUUUCCUGCAGACCUAUUCCCACGAGGUCUCACUCACUGCAGACUCGCGGAAGAGUCAUCUGAUCUUCCCCCAGCCCAACUAUGCGGACACGCUCAUCAGCCAGGAGAGCUGUGAGAAAAGCGAGUCUCUUCUCACAACUCAGGAUUUACCUGAAACGAAAGGAGACCCCAGGCGACUUCAGCAAGCCCCGCCCAACACGGACUGGCGUUUCUCUCAGGCCCAGAGACCCGGCACCAGCGGCUCCCAAAAUGGCGAUGACACCGGCACCUGGCCCAACAACCAGUUUGACACAGAGAUGCUGCAAGCCAUGAUCUUGGCCUCCGCCAGUGAAGCCGCUGAUGGGAGCUCCACCCUGGGAGGCGGUGCCGGCACCAUGGGCUUGAGCGCCCGCUACGGACCCCAGUUCACCCUGCAGCAUGUGCCCGACUACCGCCAGAACGUCUACAUCCCAGGCAGCAAUGCCACACUGACCAAUGCAGCUGGCAAGCGGGAUGGCAAGGCCCCAGCAGGUGGCAAUGGCAACAAGAAGAAGUCGGGCAAGAAGGAGAAGAAGUAACAUGGAGGCCAGGCCAAGAGCCACAGGGCAGCCUCCCCCCAACCAGCCCAGCUUCUCCUUACCUGUACCCAGGCCUCAGAGUUUCAGGGCUCACCCCCAGAAUACUGGUAGGGGCCAAGGCCAUGCUCCCCUUGGGAAACAGAAACAAGUGCCCAGUCAACACCCAUCCCCUUACCCCCCGGGGGUUGAAUAUGCAAAGGGAGUUCUGCUGGGAACCCCCAUCCAAUCAGUUGCUGUACCCAUGGGGGUAGUGGGGUUAGUGUAGACACCAAGAACCAUUUGCCACACCCAUUUAGUUAUAGCUGAACUCCUCCAUCUUCCAAAUCAAUCAGGCCCAUCCAUCCCAUGCCUCCCUCCUCCCCACCCAACUCCAACAGUUCCUCUCUCCUGAGUAAGUUGGUUGGGGUGUUGAAGUACCAGGUAACCUACAAGACUCCUAGUUCUGAAGAGCUGGAAGGGUAUCAUGACCUCUUGGCCUCUCCUUUGAUUCUCAAUCUUCCCCCAAAGCAUGGUUUGGUGCCAGCCCCUUCACCUCCUUCCAGAGCCUGAGAUCAAUGCUCAAGUUUUGGAGGACAUGGUCACCAUCCCCAUGGUACUGAUGCUUGCUGGAUUUAGGGAGGGCAUUUUGCUACCAAGGCUCUUCCCAACGCCCUGGGGACCAGUCUUCUGUUUUGUUUUUCAUUGUUCGACGUUCCCACUGCAUGCUGUGACUUCCCCCGCCUCCUCCUCAAACAAGAGACUCCACUGCAUGUUCCAAGACAGUAUGGGGUGUAAGAUAAAGAAGGGAAGUGUGUGGAUGUGGAUGGUGGGGGCAUGGACAAAGCUUGACACAUCAAGUUAUCAAGGCCUUGGAGGAGGCUCUGUAUGUCCUCAGGGGACUGACAACAUCCUCCAAAUUCCAGCCAUAAACCAAGAACUAGGCUGGAUCCUUCCCACUACAUAAUAGGGCUCAGCCCAGGCAGCCACCUUUGGGCUGAGCUACCAGGACCAAUGGGUUAAACUGGCAUUUCAGUCCAAGGAAGCUCAAAGCAGGUUUAGGACCAGGCCCCCUGGAGAGGUCAGAGGGGCCUCUGUGGGUGCUGGGUACUCCAGAGGUGCCACUGGUGGAAGGGUCAGUGGAGCCCCAGCAGGAAGGGCGGGCCAGCCAGGCCAUUCUUGUCCCUGGGUUGGGGAGGCAAGGAGCUAGGGCAGGGACCAAAUGAACAGAAAGUCUCAGCCCAGGAUGGGGCUUCUUCACAGGGCCCCUGCCCUCCUGAAGCCUCAGUCCUUCACCUUGCCAGGUGCCAUUUCUAUUCCGUGAAGGCCACUGCCCAGGCCCCCGGUGCGCCCCCUAGUGGCCAUAGCCUGGUUAAAGUUCCCCAGUGCCUCCUUGUGCAUAGACCUUCCUCUCCCACCCCCUUCUGCCCCCGGGUCCCCGGCCAUUCAGCGGGGCUGCCAGAGAACCCCAGACCCUCCCUUACAGUAGUGUAGAGCCCCCUCCCUCUUUCGGCUGGUGUAGAAUAGCCAGUAGUGUAGUACGGUGUGCUUUUACGUGAUGGCGGGUGGGCAGCGGGCGGCGGGCUCCGCGCAGCCGUCUGUCCUUGAUCUGCCCGCGGCGGCCCGUGUUGUGUUUUGUGCUGUGUCCACGCGCUAAGGCAACCCCCUCCCCCAUACUGACUCCUUCUAUAAGCGCUUCUCUUCGCAUAGUCACGUAGCUCCUACCCCACCCUCUUCCUGUGUCUCACGCAAGUUUUAUACUCUAAUAUUUAUAUGGCUUUUUUUCUUCGACAAAAAAAUAAAAAGGUUUCUUCUGAAA